AUGAAACCCUAUCACCUCCUCACAAUCCUCGUCUAUGCCAACUGGGCAGAAGCAGUAUCAACCGUCAUAGUCAUAGUCGGAACCGUCACUAUCACAUCCAGCGGUGCAGCCCCUACCGCCAACAGCACGAGUUAUACCAAUAAGGCUGUGUUUGAGAAGGAUAUCCUAGCAGCGCAUAAUUUUUACCGUGCCGAACAUAAUGCUACUACUCUCAAAUGGAAUGACACGAGUGCAAAAUACGCCUCAAAGUGGAGUGCGCGGUGCGAGUUCGAACAUUCGCAUGGUCCAACAGGCGAGAACUUAGUCGCAGGUGCCUCCAAUGCUACCACCAGCGUCGAUGUCUGGGGCUCCGAACGGAAAUCCUAUAACUGGGGUAAACCCGGCUUCAGUGAGGAAACAGGUCAUUUCACACAGCUUGUGUGGACGAAUACCACUAGUGUCGGUUGUGGGAGAACGAGUUGUCAGGGGAAAGGGGGAACGGAUGGGUGGUAUGUGGUAUGUGAGUAUUGGCCGCCAGGAAAUGUCGUUGGUGAUGGGAAUAGAUAUUUUAAGGAAAAUGUGGCCAAAAUUAUUAAGGGGAAGUUAGGUGACACGGUAGAGGGUGGAGUGGGAAGUAAUGGGGCCGGAUGGGACGAGAGGAGGAAUAUCUGGAGCGUAUUGGUGGUGGCGGCGGGUGUGGGUAUGGGUGUUGUGUUGUGA